AUGUCUCCAGCUUUCACUCUCUAUGGCGCUCGCGGCUCGACAAACACGGAUCGUGUGCGCCUGACUCUCGCCGAAGGCGGCUUCACGGACUAUGAAUUCGUGCUCGUCAACUUGUACAAGGGCGAGCAAAAGUCCGAAGAAAACAUUAAACGUCACCCUUGGGGAAAGGUACCGGUCGUCAACUUCCCCGACGGCUUCACUCUCUAUGAGAGCCGCGCGAUCUGCAAAUAUCUCGCCAAGAAGUACUCGUUCCCGCUUCUACCCCGAGAAUCUGAUGUCGAAGCCGAGGCUCUUUUCGACCAGGCACAGUCAGAAGAAAUGCAGUACUUCGCCGACCCCGCGGGCAAGAUCGGGUACGAAAAGUUCGUAAAGAAGUUCAUGGGGCAGCCCGCCGACGAGGCAGCCGUUUCGGGUGCGCUGCGGUCACUUGAGACGUUUUUCGACGUGGCAGAACGUGUCCUGCAAGACAGGGACUACAUGGGUGGAAAGGACUUCACUCUCGUGGACAUCUACUACAUCCCGACGAUUCAAAGGCUCUUUGCCUGCGGAUAUGCAGACAUCAUACUCAGUCGCAAAGCCGUAAGUGCUUGGUGGGACCGCAUCGUGAACAGGCCUGCCAUCCAGAAGCUGUUGGUUGCUGAUAGAGAGGCUAUGGCAGCCGCACGCAAAUAG